AUGACUACUGCUUACGAUAUACUUGAAUCUCUCAAAGAUAUGUUCAGAGAGCAAAAUCGUGCUGCAAAGCAUACGGCUAUGAAAGCUCUUUUAACCACGAAAAUGGUUGAAGAAACUUCGGUGAGGGAACAUGUUCUUAAAAUGAUGAGUCUAUUGAAUGAGCUGGAAAUUCUUGGUGCGGUUAUUGAUAAGGAGUCUCAGGUUGAGAUGGUCCUACAGACUCUGCCAGACAGUUUUCAGCAGUUUCUCUUAAAUUAUAACAUGAAUAAGAUGGAAUUAUCUCUUGCGAAACCGUUGAAUGAGCUGCAAGCAGCAUAA